GGGGCGCGCGCGGCGGCCGUUGAGGGACCGUUGGGGCGGGCGGCGGCGGCGGCGGCGCGCGCUGCGGGCAGUGAGGGUGGAGGCGCGGACGCGCGGCGGAGCUCGAGGUGCUGCAGCUGCUGCCGCCGCCGGAGGAGCCUUGAUCCCCGCGCACCGGCUACCCCGGGCCUCGCCAUGGCUGACCAGCUGACUGAGGAGCAGAUCGCAGAGUUCAAGGAGGCCUUCUCCCUCUUUGACAAGGACGGAGAUGGCACUAUCACCACCAAGGAGUUGGGGACAGUGAUGAGAUCCCUGGGACAGAACCCCACUGAGGCAGAGCUGCAGGACAUGAUCAAUGAGGUGGAUGCAGAUGGGAAUGGGACCAUUGACUUCCCGGAGUUCUUGACCAUGAUGGCGAGAAAGAUGAAGGAUACGGACAGCGAGGAGGAGAUCCGAGAGGCAUUCCGCGUCUUCGACAAGGAUGGGAAUGGGUACAUCAGCGCCGCGGAGCUGCGUCACGUCAUGACGAACCUGGGCGAGAAGCUGACCGACGAGGAGGUGGAUGAGAUGAUCAGAGAGGCUGACAUCGAUGGAGACGGCCAGGUCAAUUAUGAAGAGUUUGUACAGAUGAUGACUGCAAAGUGAAGGCCCCGGGCAGCUGGCGAUGCCCGUCCUCUUGAUCUCUAUCUCCUCGCGCGUGCACUCUCUUCAACUCCCCCUGCGUACCCUGGUUCUAGCAAACACCAAUUGAUUGACUGAGAAUCUGAUAAAGUAACAAAAGAUUUGUCCCAAGCUGCAUGAUUGCUCUUUCUCCUUCCUCCUCAAGUCUCCUGCCAUGCCCCCCAUCUCUGCCUUUUGCCCUCUGCACUCCCCUCACAUCUUCCAAGGCCUGAGGCCCUCACCCCCUCCUCCCAUUCCCCUUAGGGAGCCUCUGCCCUCCUCCAGCCCGGUGGCUCUCCUCAGUUUCCAUUUGUUUCCUUUCAUUUGUCAUCUUUUUUUUGGGUGCUGGGGUGGCUGCCAGCCCGGUCCCGGAACCUUCCAGGGCGGGGAAGAGGCCCUCGCCAGGCGGGAGAGCAUGCUCUCUGCUGUUGCAUGCAGCCAGCCCCGUGCAGCUCCCGGCAGCCUCUUGGGGUGGGGGUGCAAAGGGGCAUUCCAGGAGGACUGAGGGGGCCAGCGGCUGAGGUGGUGACUGGGUAUGGCCCAGAGAGGGUCAGGGGACGGGGGGGUGGGAAGCUGGCAUUCUGUUACCAGUCAAGGGGGCUGACUCUGGAAGGACAGACAGACAGACGGAGUGGAUGGCACUCAGGUCCCAUUGGCUGCUGUUCUGACUGGCUUUCUGAGGUUGGGCUUGGGGGAGAGGGGCUGCUCGGUGUGCCAGGCCGCAGAUUGUCCCCGCCGCGUUCCUAGAGGCUCUCAAGCUCUGGUGUAAAUACCUGGUGCUAACGCCCCACGCCUCCCUUGUGCCCCAGCCACGCCACCCCACAUUGAGGCCCUGUCACUGGAACGGAUGUGGGGAUGGUCAGUUGGCAGUGUGCUGGUUGCCCUUUUUUUUGUUGUUUUCUUUCCCCACUUUCUGCCCCUUAAAACUUUUUAAUUUUUGUCAAGAACCAUGCCGGGCUAGCUGAAGGUGGGGGGCAGGCAGGUGGGCCCCACCACGCUAUCGAGAGAGCUGGGCCUGCAAUAAAACCGGCUUGUCACCGGCUGCCCGGAGGACCACCCAUUGGGGCAGCCUCUGCUUCCUGAUCAGCCGGCGCCCCCACUUCUCCGUGGCAACUGGGGUGGCUUCUCUCCUCUGUGCCGUCCCUCGUGCCCUCCUCCCCCCACCCACCCGCCUGACCCCCGUCCCCAGCGGAGAGCAUGAUCCGUGACCUUGCUUCUGACUUUCGCCUCUGGGACAAGUGAGUCUGCGGGCAGUUCAGUCAUCUGGAGUUUUUCCUUUUUUUUUCUUUUUCUGUUCAUUUCAUCUGGUUGUCCCCCCACCAUCCCCUACUGCCCAGGUCGAUCGAGUGGCUUUUCCUGGGACCUGCCCAGCUUUGAGAAUCUUCUCAUCCACCCUCUGGCACCCAGUCUUCAAGGGAGGGGAGGGAUGGAGCAUAGUGGGAGACCCAGCCGAGAGCUGAGGUUAAGGGCAGGUCGGCGUGAGGCUGUGGACAUUCUUGGAGUGUUUUUGUUUUUGUUUUUGUUUUUGUUUUUGUUUUUUAAACCGGGCAAUAUUGUGUUCAGUUCAAGCUGUGAAGAAAAAUAUAUAUCAAUGUUUUCCAAUAAAAUACAGUGACUACCUGA